AACACGUUUUGCGCCUCCGCUGGUCUUCCGACGCCGAAGACUAUCCGGAGUUGCAGGCAAUCUGACUGUCCGUUUUGGCAAACGGGUCAGUGGUCUGAAUGUAAUAAAUGCAUAGACUUGAGGACUGGUGUACAACACCGGGAAGUGAAGUGUGCGCUAAAUAAUGGAUCACAUCUCGAUCAUGACGAAUGCCAAUCACAGGACAAACCAAUUAUCCAAAAACAAUGUAUUAAUGAUUUAUGUGAAGGCACUUGGAUUACAGGGCAAUGGACUCAAUGUAACGCAAAAUGUAAUGAAGAGGGCUAUCAAUGGCGUACAAUUGAAUGCGUUUGGUUUAAUUCUGGCGAUUCGGCCGGUGAUGCAUGUAAUGACAAAACCAAACCCGAAGUCCUCCAGUCGUGCACUAAUCAUACCUGUAGUCAAAAUGAAUGUGUGGAUACAUCCAAACACUGUCUUUUGGCCAAAUCGCUGAAUAUGUGUCGAAUCGCUCAUUACGUACACCAAUGCUGUCAUUCCUGUCGUAAUCUAAACUAAUGUUUCCGUUGUAAUCAAAAUAUGGACUCAAAAUUAAUAACUUUGAGCAAAUCAAAUGAAC